AUGACAUCUUCCAAUUCACCUCUGCCCGAGGAGGCGACGAUGUCGAAUAUGCCACCCGGCCCCGAAUUACGUAGCCAAAGCCCUGGACACUUCCGUCUGGUAUUGGGCCACAUGGACAUCUCGCAUAAUGUCCUACGACAUCCAUACCGAGGAGAGGGAACAGCCGAGUCCCCAUUUCUUAUCGAGUUUCUCCCGGAAGACCCCUAUAAUCCAAUGGAAUUCCCCUCAUGGAUAAAAUGGAGCAUCACCUUUGUCCUCGCCGUCGCCUCUUUGGCUGUUGCUUUUGCAAGUACAGCGUACUCUACCGGGAUAGAGGAUAUUAUGGAACAAUUAGACGUGUCUAGUGAGGUCGCGAUAAUUGGUCUGUCGCUGUUUGUGCUGGGCUUGGCGGUUGGUCCCGUGUUCUGCGCGCCUCUAUCCGAGGAGUAUGGCCGCCAGUACCUGUUUAUCACCACCAUGGCGGCCCAUCACGUUACAUUCAAUGCAGGAGCGGCGGCUUCCCGGAACAUCGAGACUCUGAUCAUUCUUCGGUUCUUUGCUGUAGUCUUUGGAGCUGCACCUUACACCAAUUCAAACGCUGUCCUUGCCGGUAUAUUCCCUGCCUCGCAGCGAGGUGUGGCCAUGACAUUCUUUGGCGCCGCGCCAUUCUUGGGUCCUGCGCUCGGUCCCAUUGCUGGGGGUUUCCUUGGUGCUGCUGGUGGGUGGCGAUGGAUCCAAGGAUUAAUGGCCAUCUUCACCGCGGUUUUCUAG